AUGAUCCAGCAAUUUCUCUCUCUCGAAUACGGCAACAAGAAGAGGCUUAAGAAAAAGCUUGACGAUUAUUUGGGAAUUAACAACCAUGAGGUAGUUGAGCGGUCUGGCAACCAAUGGCAGAUCAUGGUACCCAGAAAACUAGAGGAGACCGAAGUCGAAGAAAUCCAGGAACACAUGAAACAGCACUACAAGUCUACGACCUAG